ACCUUUUUAAAUUUGACUCAUACCGUUGAUGUCUUAUUUUCCAACGGUAAACCUUUUUUAUUUUAAUAUUCCAUGCAUAUUUUUUUUUAUCUUUGAGCUUGAGUUUCCCCCGCCCAACUCUUUCUGACGUCACUACCAGCCUCAACAUCCACUACUGACGUUCUGAUGUUAAAGCCUCUCGUUUACGUUUAACACUAUUCGAUCUAACACCUAACACUCGGGAUCCGGAGCGCCAUGUUGAAUCCUGAACAGAAACCGUCUCUCAGUCCGACUUGUUUGGACACCAGCGAGAAAGCAAAGCUAGCAAGCCACUGCUAGCACUAGCAUCACAAGCGCAUCUCAGUGUAUUAGUUUGACUUCAGGAUGUUUUAUCCGCACUUCCAUCCCCUGGAUGACCGGAAGUGAAUUUUCCAAUCCGAACUUCGCCGUGCAAUGAUGUGGCUUUAUAGCGCCGUUCUGUUGUUAUGGGCCAAAUCUGCUGAGUGCGCAGAGCAAGCCAACACGUCCAACCUGUUCGAGUGGACAGCGGUGGACUUUUAUGACAAGUUGCAUGCGGGGAAAUUGAUGUUCUUGUACUUCGAGCAUGAAGUUUCUCCGACAAUUUCUCUCUUUCUGCUUGAACUGGAAAAGUCGUCUGAGAUUCUGAAGGAUUACGGGGUUCUGGUGGGAAAGAUCAACUGUAAUAAAGAGACUGUUUCCUCAUACUGUAUAAAAGAGCGGUCAGCGAACACAGCUUUUCUCUUCAGGAGCGGCAGAGAGUUCCUCAGUUUUAAUCUGGACACCAUUUUUGAUAUCAACUCUAUCGUGUCAGAAGUGUUGUUUGCAAUUCUGCGUGAUGAGGUCCAGUAUGUUCACACUGAUGCUGAUCUUCUGGCCUUGGAGAAAAGAGCCAGGGGCAAGAUGGAUCUUGUUCUUGGACACGUCAGCAGUCUGGGCACUCAGGAGCACAGAUCUUUGAUGGAGACUGCCUAUGUUUAUGGAUCCACGUACAAGUUCAUCCUGAUAACGGGAGGCCCAGUUUUGAGGCACCUUGGUGUUGAUGAGUCCUCACCCUCGUCCAAAGUCUGGUUCCUUCACUGUAGACUUCAGCUGAAGUCAAAGACCAAUGAGCGUUGUCCUUUGACCCUAAUGAGGAAACAUCUUACCACCCUCAAUCUCCACAGCUUCCUGCAGUUAAUGGAGGCACCACUUGUGUCUGAAGCUGAUGUAGAUCCCUCCUCAGUCCCCCAUAAGCAAGCCCCUCAGGUCUUCCUGUUCUCCCAUCCUGCCACUGAACAGCUGGAUCUGGCCACAGCCACCGCUCUCGCCUGGAAGCUGCGUGGACUGGCCGCCCUGGUCCUUGUGCACAGGAGAAGUCCUGCUGUGAAAACCCCUGUAGAUUAUAACGUUGCCUACAGGCUGGCUGAGAUGAAAUCCGAGGUGAAGUACUUGACUCUACAAAACCUCGAUGAGGUUGUGAAUAUCUUUCUUCACCAAGAGAAUGAUGACGGUGAUGAUGAUGACGAUGAGGAGGAGAUGGAUGAAAACAUUAAGGAUGACGUGUCUGAGGGAGAGUUGGAUGAUGAAAUUGCAGAAGCUGUGUACAAGAGUCGAGCGGAUCUUCUGGACGUGGAGGCGUUGACCUCAUUGACCUCUGAUAACUACCAUGCCACCGUUGCUCAGAGUGACUUGACUGUGGUGCUUUUUUAUGUUAAAUGGAACGCUGUGUCCAUGGAUUUUCUCAGCUCCUUCCUCGAAGUUGCAGAGAAACUAACAGAGUGGGAAAUCAAGGACGUCCAGAUGAGUGCAGUCGAUUGUGGGGAGUGGACGGACCUCUGCGCUGGCCUGACCGACACCUUCCAGCCUGUUACAGCCUUCCCAACUGUUCUGCUGCUGCGUCCUGAGGAAGCUGCUCAGGAGUACAGAGGGAUGCUGGGUAGUGAAGCUCUGCUUCGUUUCAUUAUGCUAAGCCGUCUGGUCACCCCAAGACAGCUGUCCACCACUGAGGAUGUAGCAUCGUUCCUGGAGGUUGUGCCUCACGCGGAGGUCGCGAGCUAUGAUGUGGACAGAGUAUUGGGGCUGUUCCCUACCAACACAGGUGCAAGUCUGAAGGAGUUUUCUGCUGCCAUGAAGUCACUUCGAGGCAAGGUGUUGUCUGGCUCACUAACGGAUGAACUAGCGCUUCAAUGGGCUGCAGGUCACUCAGUGGAGCCCCCUGCUGUUGCAGUGUUCCCGUCAUGGCAGACUGACACCCACCCAUCAGUGAUCUCAGCCUGGUCCUCUGCUGAAGAGCUGGUCUCACGUGUCAACAUGGCGCUGCGGCAUCCCAUGCCGGAGGUGACUGUGGAAAGCCUGCCUUCCUUUCUGGAGGAGGACAAAGCCCUCCUGCUCCUGUUUGUGGGAGAUGAGGAGGACGACGUUGGACGGAGACAGAACACAGCGCUGGUGGGAGAGAUGAGACUUGUCGCUGAGUCAGGAGGAGCGAGGAUGCAGCGCUACGCCGCCGGCUGGAUCCACCUGGGCCACACUCCUGCUGCCAUGUCUGUCCUGGGGUCCUAUCUGGGCUCCAUGCCUCUGCUCCCAGCUCUGAUCCUCACUCGGCUAACCUCCGGGUCAGAAGUCUACCAGUACCCCCCGAACGCCCCCAUCCUGGCACAUUCAGUCCUGCAGUGGCUGAGGAGGGUGGAGGAAGGAAGAGAGCCCCCUGCUGGGAGUCUGGAGGAGGAGCGCUGGCGUCCAGCCUCUGACUUCCUUGACUUUCUGAAAAUCAUGGACGAGGAGGAUCCUGACUUUGCCCGGCAGCAGGUGUCCAGAGAAGACGGCGACGGUUCGGACUCCAGUGCUGAUCCACGGACUCACAUUCACUCUGAGCUUUGACAGAUAAAGAGCGGGUUUGUGUCGCGCUUUGGACGGAAGCAGAACCUGGAGGGUCAGGUGAAGAAGGUGUGCAGCUGGUCUCUGGUGAUGCUGAGCAUCAGCAUCCUUGUCUACUGCCUGUGGAGGAGGGUUGGAACCACUUAACCCACGGUUUCAU